CCUUUAUUUGUUUAAAUACCAGCUGAGUAAACAUAUUUCCUGGGAAUCUCCCAAUUAAGCAUUUUAUAAAAAUUAAAGGCUAUGAGUAUUAACUGGAUUAAAAUAACCGAUCGGGCCCGCGAGGGCAUCAAAAUAAUCAAUGCCCUACCCUACGACACAUUUACCACAGUUCUUCUUUAUGUGCAUCGUCAAAUGACCCCCGGCGGCACUGCUGGAGGCGUCAGUGCAACCGGUGGUGGCUCAAGUGGAGUGCCCAAUGCGACGGUUGGCACCAGCGUCGUGACAACGGAACGCGUGGGCAGCAGUAACCAGACAAGCCUAACAAGCAGUGAGCCUGAGUAUACGCUUGAGGAAUUGGAACGUUUGGUUGGUGUGCCGCGCAACGAUUUCCUGCUACUUAUCAAAACAUUCUCAUACAUUCUGCGGCGCAUUUCAACGUUCAUUAUUAAGCCCAGUCAAUUACAGCGCGAGUUGCGCGAGAAGCUGCAACUGCAUGACGAGGCAAAAAUCGAUGCAAUUCUACGGCUUUGGGUGCGCCAGACUACACCCUUAUUGAACAAUUUAGCCAGCGACCGCUAUGAAUCGAAUGUGAUUGAAGAUGUAGCCUGGAAGAUAAACGUGGAGGUAUCUUCGCACUGCCAGCAGCGCGAGAAGACGCCGCUGGCGGUGCUGCAGCUAAAGACGGGAGCUGGCGAGGAUAUAAACCUUGAGAUGACCCAGCCCGAGUUGAUGAAUCUUUUUAAUCAGUUUGAGCAAAUACAAACUGAGCUAGACGCAACGCUGGCCAGUAUGAGGAGUCCACAGCCGAGUGGCGACAGCCAAUAAGGCAACUAGUUCAGCUUGUUUUUUUUUUUUUAUAUAUAAAAUUGUAUUGUAUUGAUGAAGUGUGAAUGUAAAAAGUUCGUCUAGACAUUUGUAUGUUAAUUAUUUCCUAAAUAUUACAUAUUAAACUAUUAACUUUUGACAUGGA